AUGAAGCAACUCCUUCUCUUCCUAGGCUUUCUAGCCUUAUUCACCCUCUCAUCAGCAGUAAGUGUAGCAUUCAACUGCGACAACUCUCAUGUUGGCAACGUAUGCCUAAAUAUGGGCUUCGGUACCCCGAAUUGCACAAAUGUUGAGUAUACCAAGAGGGGGCCUGCGAGGUGGGAUAUUGAGGUUGAGGGAAGAGGAGGAUUUCAUAAUCUGGAUAGUGGGAUGGAGAUUGGGGAGGUGGUUUAUCGGACCGGGCUUGGGAAUGGCACGGUGUUUGAUGAUGGUGGUAGUGGUGAUAGUGAGGGUGAGGGUGGGGACAGGGACGGGGACGGGGACGCAUUUGAGGAUGUUAUUCAGGUGGAGGAGGACAGGGUUGUGGGAGUGGCUGAAGGGUGGGAAGGGGGUGAGGGUGUAUUCCUGGAUUGA